UUGGUGGUGUUAGUGGUUCGUGAACAUUUCUUGUUUUAUACUUAAAUCUGAAAGCUAACUGCUGUUCAUCCAGAAGAGGUUAUUAGCUUAUUUGAAACAUUGAAGUGAUAUGGUGGUGUGGAAAUGAAAGGAGAGAUAUUUUACUCUUAGAGUAUUUAUAACAAACGGUCGCGCGUGUACUGUGUAAUAUUGUUUAGUCGCAGCAAGUUACAACUUAACACUAGUCACAACUUACACAGAUAUUCUUUCGUAGAUCACUCAAUACAACUAGAUGGAGUUGUGUGUGGAAAAUCUGACCAAAGUCUUGUGCAGUAGGUCAUUGCCAGCGUUGGUCGUAGUCAUCAUUUUUUUGGUCUCGUUCAGUGAAGCACUUACUACUAUCACCAGUACGCAAGGUGAACCGAUCAUUGAAAAAGGACCAAGCAAUAAGACAGUAGUAAUUGGAGACACGGUUAUUUUUUCGUGCCUUACGAGCGGAGAUCCACAACCAAGUGUAUCAUGGCAACGAGAUGGACGAAGCUUACAUCACAAUGGCCAUGCAACCUUUCAGAUUCUCGACAGUGGCGCCCUCUUGCUGGAAAAUGUAGGACAAGCAGACGAAGGUAGUUACCACUGCAUUGCUAGGAACGACAAGGGUGUCCAGUAUUCUGAAACCGCCAGGUUGGUCAUUGAUGUUCCACCGUACAUCAAGGGUGGGAGAACUGUCUACAAUGUUACCUGGGGUUCUUUAGUGGAGUUAGUGUGUUCAACACAGGGGGCGCCACCGCCGAUAAUCGUCUGGUUCAGAGAAGGCAAAAAACUGCCUACAGGAAAGCCUGAGUUUUUCCAUUCCAUUUUAUCCUUUACUGCCACGGAGUCGGCUUCAUUCACAUGUCAGGCGGUUAAUAAACUACGAAGUACCAACCAGACGCAAACAGACAGCAAAGAGUUUACUGUACAUGUUCUUCCCAAACCAGAACCAGAAGAAGAAGUUGGUACUGAAGAACUCGUAAUUGAAGAGGAAAUAGAUGAACAUACAUUUGAUGUUAAGACUAGAGAACCACAAGGCUACUGUUCACCUUAUGUUGGCAAGGUAUGCAGGAAAUACCUGAAUAAUUCAGGACUUGUCUACUACAACUUUAGUGACACCACACCGGGGAUAAAUGAAGAGAUCACACGAGACUUGUGGGAGGAGCUUAUAUCGUCACUAAUGGAGCCCUGCCGCACUGCUGCUGAACAACUGUUGUGUGCUUAUGCCUUUCCUCAGUGUCAGCUGGUUGAAGGAUUCCAAACAGGGAAAGAGUUGUGUAGGGAAGAUUGUAUAGCAGUCCGGGAACUAUUCUGUUAUAACCAGUGGGCUCAGAUUGAAGAUAACAAAGAAAGAGGCAUAUACUUCCAGUCUCGGGGACACUUCAGAUUACCGCAAUGUGAAUCCCUCCCCAGCCAGGGAAACUCUCCCGUCCCUCUUUGUUCUUGGGCACGCCUAACGGAGAUGAAAGAAGAUGAGAUCACAACGGAGUGUAUUUUUGGAAGAGGGCGCUAUUAUCAAGGAACCGUUAACAUCACGAAAUCAGGAAUUUCUUGUCAAAGAUGGGAUUCGCAAGAACCUCAUAAACAUCAUCGCCCUCCGUUGGUCUUCCCGGAAGUCCUGAACUCAGAAAACUUUUGUCGGAAUGCAGGUGGUGAAGAACCAAGACCAUGGUGUUAUACAAUGGAUCCGAUGGUUCGUUGGCAGCACUGCGAUAUUCCUAAGUGUGAAAACGCCACUGUGGAGGAAGAAACCAAAACCGAACUUUUGGACACGUUUGAACCCCCGGAAGAACCCGUUUUUACUCCUUCCUUCAUUCUUAUCGUGUGCGCUGUCAGCUUAACAGGUGUGGCAGUUGUCCUGGCCAUUUUCUUGUGUUGUCGGCGGCUUCACAAAUUCCAAAAAGGCUAUAACGCCACUCCUACCGCUGAAGUAGAGAUUGACUUGGACAAACUUCCAUCUAACAUGUCUUAUCACAAGACAGACGUGCAACUGAAUCCCAAAUUGGAGAACUUAGAAUACCCUCGUAAUGACAUAAUUUACAUCUGUGACAUCGGACAAGGGGCUUUUGGUCGGGUCUUUCAAGCUAAAGCACCAGGUCUUGUUAAAGGAGAAGAAUUUACCAUGAUUGCUGUGAAAAUGCUCAAGGAAGAAGCCUCAGAAGAUCUUCAAACAGACUUUGAACGAGAAGCGUGUCUACUGGCUGAUUUUGACCAUCCUAAUAUAGUCAAGUUGCUGGGAGUCUGUGCAAUUGGUAAACCUAUGUGUUUGCUCUUUGAGUUCAUGGGGAAAGGGGACUUGAAUGAAUUUCUCAGAUCUUGUGCCCCGAGCAAUUACAUUGUUCGGACUCCAAAUUGUGAUAUGUUUAGUGAUGUUAGGCUUAGUCACCUGGAUCUUGUUAGCUUAGCUAAACAAAUCGCAGCAGGAAUGGUAUAUCUGUCUGACCGUAAGUUCGUCCACCGAGACCUGGCUACCAGGAAUUGUCUUGUCAGUGAUGACAUGGUUGUGAAAAUAUCAGAUUUUGGUCUUUCUCAGAAAAUUUACACUUCUAACUACUACAAGGGUAACGAACACGAUGCUAUUCCAAUCCGAUGGAUGCCCAUAGAGUCAAUUCUCUUUAAUAAAUUCACAGUAGAGUCAGACGUUUGGGCUUUUGGAGUGGUAUUGUGGGAGGUAUUCUCCUUUGGCCUCCAACCCUAUUAUGGUUUAACCCACGAGGAAGUGGUCAAGUACGUUCAGGAAGGCAAUAUUUUGUCAUGUCAGGACAACACUCCCUCGUCCAUCUACAACCUGAUGAAGAAUUGUUGGACCAGAAAGCCUAGCAACAGACCCUCUUUCAAAUUCAUUUACAAAACGUUGACAGCUAUUCAUGAUGAUAUGGCCAAAUACCAAGAUAAAGUUCUAAGAGCCCACGUUUAGAGACUUGAUGUUUUUAAGUGUCCAGACGGUUAUAAUCCCGUUCACUGUCAUUUUAGUAAGGUUCUAUUCAUAUUCGUCUCCUCAUUAUAAUAUUGCCCACAGUUAUGUAGAGGUAUGACACUCCCCCCCCCCCUUUCUUCAGAAGCGUAGGCGUUAUGUGGGGGAGGAGGUAUUUAAACUUUGUCCUUUCUCAUUAGCGUCUCAGUGUGAACUUUUGAAUUUCGUGGUGAAACAAACUGCUUUCUCAGUCUAACAGCAAUCAGGAAGUUGUUUUAUUAUUUUAUUAGUAAUAUGAUGUCAAAACAAAAAUAAGAUUAUCAGAAUAAUCACACAGUUACGUAACAUCUGUUCUGGAGUUCUUGGUCACAUGCUCAAGACUCAAGAGCUGAAGUGUCGUAUGACAGACCAAAUGGUUUGCGUGAAGUAAACAAAUAUAUCCCUGUGUUACACUGUGCCAUUGCUUCAUUGAGCAAAGUGAACCUGCGGAAUUUUCGAGUUGCUCAAGUGUGUAUGGUUAUUGUAUUUGUAACAUAAAGCUUUCAUAGUCAAGUUGUCAAAUGUUGUUGGAGCAAAGUAGUGACAUAAAAACAAAACAGUUUUAUUAUUUCAUAGAAAUUCGAUUAACGAAUGCUGCUCUUAAUAGCAUAUUACAAAACCACUGUAAGAAUAAUUCGCAGUUGUUGAGGAGUGUUUGGUUUCAUAACUAACCUUGUAGCUGAGAUUUCUCUGUGGAUGAUUCCUGCAUGUGUGAAUUAUCAACGAAAUAUUAGUGAAAAAUCAGUGAAAUAUUUAUCUCAGAAAUAAUUCCAACGUACGACAUUCUUUACUUUAAUUCAGAAUACACUUUUUAACCAUUUUUAUGUUUGCGUAAAUUACACAUUAAAAUAAUUUUGGUGAAAUACUUAAAUAAGUGAAAUUGAAGUGAAGUAUUUAAGUAGAUAAAAACGAACUUGCUCUAUCUAGACUGUAGAUGUUUUCACGUGUGACGUCACAACGCAUGGUUGGCCCCAUUCCCGCCUUAAUUUUGAGAGGCAAGCCUGCAAUUUAUUUAUAUUAUCGAAUGUUGAUAUUAAUGUAACUUAAGAAGUUAAAUAUUAUAUUACCAAAGAUUUGUUGUAAAUAAUGUUGAUAUAAAACAAUUAUUUACAAAAAUAUUACUAGGAAGCUCAAAACUAGAAUUUAUAAGCGGUACGCUCUGAAACGAUUUGUAUCCAUUGUAAAAUUUACUUUCACGCCUCCUCAAAGUUUUUGCAAUGAAACAAUUCAUAUAGAAGUGUGUUUGUGAAGUAACAUUCUUGUCUGUAGCUAUGCUGAGAGAAAAAAAAUCAUACUUUGCCAGAGUGCGUAUUCGACACAAAGAAAGAAAAAAGUUUAUUCCGUCAACUUAAGUGUGUUUUACACCAAAAGAAAAAAAUUGUUUAUUCGUAUAUGUGUAACCCAACCUUUUACACUUCACGGACUGGCAAAAUCUUUGUAAAAAGCUCGUAUCGUUUGGCCUAAAGUCGGGCUUGUACCGCAGCAUGAUCUAUAAAUAUGAAGCACGCUGUAUGAAACGAUUUGAAAAUUCAAUAAUAUGAAUAAAAUUAUGCAUUCACUGCAUAUUUCUACGCUCUAGCCGUUGGGGACCACGUUCGUAGCCUAACAUUAAACAACAUUUUUCAGUUAUUAACAUAAAACAUAAAAGUAGUACAUCGUAUGAAAUCUAUAUUUUGAAUGGGUUUCCGGUAAUAACUGUAGUGGAUAAUUGUCGCUGCAUGUUUCUACGCUCUAGCUGUUGGGGACCACGUUCGUAGCCUAACAUUAAACAACAUUUUUCAGUUAUUAACAUAAAACAUAAAAGUAGUACAUCGUAUGAAAUCUAUAUAUUGAAUGGGUUUCCGGUAAUAACUGUAGUGAAUAAUUGUAGUUUAUUUUGUGUAAAGUAUAAUGUGAAAAUUCAGUCGUAAAAUUCUCUGUAUAUGCAGAUGUACGAAUUUUUAACUCUAUGUAAAGCCCAGACUGUAAAAGUGACUUUUUUCUUCCUUUUUAAUUGGAUCUUAUUUCUAAGAUCUUUUGUUUGUGUUUGUGGUAGCUCGACUGCUCUUUUAGUCAUAUUAUCCAAAAUAUUUUUGCUGUAUUUUUAUUGUUCGCAUAUUAUUCUUAUGGAAAUGAACUACCUUGGACGGGUUUUGAACCUAAAUUCAACGGGUUAUGUGUCACUUAUGUAAACAGUCAUUUUGCAAGAUAACCCAAAGUAUUACCAUUGUAAUUUAUACCACAGCCUAAUUGUAAUGAAGCUAUUUGUACUUACUUAUAAAAAGAUAUAACUCUUUAGGUUCAGUUUUGACGUAUAAAAGGUAACCAACCAUGUGUAUAAUUGUACGACAAUAGUAGCUAUAUAUAUAUAUGAAAUAUAUUGAUGGAAUUUGACUUGAAUAUAAUACUAACUUACUCACAGAACUUUGGCUGUAAGUGUAUAUAUAUUCGUCUACUUGUAAAUAGUUUGACACAUUUAAUUAAAAUACAAUGCAUAUAUAUAUAUUUCUAGUGUUAUUACGUAGACAAAGAAAACACUUUUGUAAACAUCUCCAUGUCUCUGAUUGUCAUGAAAUUCUGUGAUGUCGAAUGUGAUUAAUAUGAAUUUUAUUUAUAAACUUUGCCUCAUGUAUGCUAUGAUAUAUGAUAUGAUGUACAUAGGCUUAAACAAAGUUGAUUGGAUGGAUGGUGAAGUCCAUUCAGUCGUUUCGCCCUAGAAUUUUACUGUGCGUUUUUUCUUAUGAUUUAGUUCACUGGGAUAAAUAGUUUCUAUACUUAAUGUCAGGAAUUCAUCAAUGGUAAAAUUCGAAUUUUAGACCCUUGGCUUAAAACAGAACAAAAACUGUGUUUUAUAAAGCGUUAACUACAAUUUUUAUAACUCUUCCUGUUUCGUUAAACAUCGCCAUGUUGGACGUCAAACAUUCCCUUCUACCAAUCCAUAUCAAUACAUGAUUCGGUAAAGCUGUCAGUGACGUAAAAAUCGCCUUUGGCAAAAGAUAGGGAUCUGAAACUGUACGGCCAUUCAGUUUCUAAAUAUAUCUUUCUUUGUGCACAUCGCUCAGUUGAUUUACCGCAUCAGAUAACACAAUAUUGGAAGACAAGUUUGUCGUAUUUCACCUAAGACAAAUGUAAGCACUUGACGCCCAAUAUGGCGGAGUAAACUAUAGGCCACUUGACUUUUUUAUGUUAAUGCAAAACAAAUGAGACAUUGUUUUGGCUAUGAUGUUUCCUGGUAGAUAUCAUCUGAACAUGCCAUAACUUGUGUGUGUAUUGAAUUUGAUUCUUGGAGACAUUUUCAAAACUGACAACGUUAUUUGCUGAUAGCCUAAUUUUCGAAUAUCACGACGCAAAAUGACAUUUUGUCGCAAAGUCAUUUUUUACGAGACUGCGUUCAUGUUGACGUUAAACCAAAUAUUUAUAGGAGUAACGCGGUGAUAAAGUCUUUGACCUGAAGUUCAGCAAACAAUACGAUGUCAUACUUCCUGUGAGUUUGGACUUCUGUACAUUUCUGUGAAGUAUACACUGUCUAUAAAAAAAAGAUAAUAAUAAUUGACUGAAGUUCAGUAGUCCAAAAGUUAGACACCAUAUAAGUAAGUGCUUUCUACAUGGAAAGCAUCUGCUUUGCAGCGACUAUGUUCUAUGGUUCUUUGUCAGCCUCUCUGUGUUCCAUGCUUAGGUACUGUUCAAGCAUAUUCGUAUAUUAAUCUCAAACAGCUGAAAAUUAAAAUAUUUAGUAUACUGCUCUGAUGUAACUAAUUUAUGGAUAAUUCUGUAGGCGUUGAUUAUUUUAACUUCUUUUAAUAAAAAGUAGUCCUUUUUUCAUCAUAUGUAAAUUGUUAGUUCUUUGUAAAGACCUGAGACACCGUACGCUUAAUUGGUGUACACUUAGGACAAAAGAUUUAUUUAUUUUUAAUGCGAUAUUGUAAGUUAUUGAGUUUUGUUAAUUUUUCACCCUUUUCUUAAUCUUUUAGAUAAAUAUUUAGGAAAACAAAUUUAAAGUUAAACAAAAUAAUAUACUGCUAGAUCCCUCUGUGUGUCUUAGCAAGAAAUACAAAUAACAUUGCAGAUAAUAUUUCCAUUAGAUGUGAUGAUCUCCAGUUUUCUGUAAUUCGAGAAAUGUUAGUUAUAUAAGUUGUGCUAAAUAAGGCACUUCUUUAUGUAUCGUAAGGAUAGUCAUAUUAUUCCGCAGUCAAGUAUAUGUGGUUUCAGUCUGUAGUGUUUGUUUUUGUGCGCAUUCAAUAAACUUUUUUUAA